GCUAUUUUGCUGCAAGACGAAGAAGAAGAAGAAGGAGAAGACGCCUCCACCACCAUCACCACCGUCGUCGUCGUCUGGCUUAUUAAAUUAACAUUUUUCAUCUCAGGCGCGUUCUACUAACUUAUUGUUCCGGCCCGUCUUCGUCAUGGAGGUUCCGGGACCCGACAGCGACUGGAGGAGUCCUCAGUUCAGACAGAAAGUCGUCGCUCAAAUGUCCAAAAAAACACACCAGGAAUUUGUCUCCGGCAGUUGGAGCCGCUCGAGUACGACGACAGACGGACAAUGGACAGAGAACGCUUUGGAGACAUGAAGACAUUGACCAAAAAAAAAAAAGCAGUCACUGAGCAAUAAAGGGUUGCUAGUUAUCCGAUGCAGAGUCCUCUCGCACUUCGAGCACGUGUGCCCUCUUCCUGGUUGUGUCCUGUGUUUCCCGCUCGUCGCUAUGUUGAGUUCUGUGUUCGAGGACGAGAUUUGAGAUCAGUGGCCGAAAAGAAUCGUGUGUGGUGUUCAGACGAUCGGCGCACACCGCGCACGCGAGGAGGCCAUGAGGAAGGCGGGAAGCGGACAUAACAAGUCCAGCACGGACAUGGAGAACCACGUUUACGUCAAAGCAAAGUCCAGAGAGGAGUAUCUGUCCCUGGUGGCCCGGCUCAUCAUCCACUACCGCGACAUCCACAAGAAAACCCUGGGAGGUCCAGAUCCCAUCAAUGCCCUGACUAACCUGACGGGCGUCGGAGGAGGCCCGGGCCCCGUCGGCAUGGGACCCCGCCCCGCCGGUGCCCCCAUGGGGGCCAUGGGGCAGAUAGGCCAGCACGCCAUGCCCGGGGUGUCUGGAAACCCGCAACCCUUGGGGGGUCCCGCCCAGUUGUCCAUGCAGCAGCAGCAGCAGAACUUGCAGUUCCAACAGUUCCAGGCUCAGCAGCAGCAGUUCCAGGUUCAGCAGCAGUUGAGAGCCCAGCAGCAGCAGAACCAGCAGCAGCAGAACCAGAUGCAUCAGUCCAGGAUGCAGCAACAGCAGCAGCAGCAGAUGGUGCAGUUGCAGCUGCAGCAGCAGCACGCGCAGGCGCAGGCGCAGGCGCAGUCCAUCCAGCACAUGGUCCAGCAGCAGCAGGCGCAGCCGGGCCCCAUGCAGCCGCUCCUGCAGCAGCAACAGGCCGCCAUGGUUCCGCAGUCUCUGGCCGCGCAGAUGGCGCCCGCUCCCCAGCACGUCCCCAUCAACUCGCUGAGUCAGCAGCAGCACCAGCUCAAGAUGCAGCAGGCCUUCCAGGUCCGGGCGGCGUUGCAGCAACAGCAGCAGGCGGCGGCCGUGCAGGCGCAGAUGGCCGCCGCGUCAGGACAGCUGGUGCGACCCAACAUGCAGAUGCCGGCCCGGCUGACCCGCCCUCCCCCGGCCCCGUCCAUCCCACCCCCCAACGCCGCUGUAACUCAACAGGCGCAGCAGCACGCGAUGAUGUCGUCGCCGUCGCCCGUGCAGGUCCAGACCCCCCAGUCCAUGCCUCCGCCCCCUCAGCCCUCUCCUCAGCCUCCCGCUUCGCAGCCCAACUCGGCCAGCUCUGGUCCCACGCCGUCUCCGGGCGGGUUCCAGCCCAGCCCGUCCCCCCAGCCCUCACAAAGUCCCUCAACCGCCAGGACGCCCCAGAAUUAUGGAGUCCCCUCCCCUGGCCCGCUCAGCACUCCAGGAAACCCGAACUCUGUGAUGAGUCCGGCAGGGGCGGCGUCCCAGGAGGACCAGCAGUACAUGGAGAAACUCAAACAACUUUCCAAAUACAUCGAGCCACUACGCCGCAUGAUCAACAAGAUUGACAAGAACGAAGAACGGAAGAAGGACCUCAGCAAGAUGAAGAGUCUCCUCAACAUCCUCACGGACCCCAACACCAGGUGCCCUCUGAAGACUCUGCAGAAGUGCGAGAUCGCGCUGGAGAAGCUGAAGAACGACAUGGCCGUGCCCACCCCCCCGCCGCCCCCACUGGCGACCAAGCAGCAGUAUUUGUGUCAGCCGCUCCUGGACGCCGUCAUGGCCAACCUCCGCUCGCCCGUCUUCAACCACUCUCUGCACCGCACCUUCGCCCCCGCCAUGGCCGCCAUUCACGGCCCCCCCAUCACCGGUCCCCCUGUCUCGUCCCGCAAGAGGAAGUCGGACGAGGACGAGCGCCAGACGGUCCCCGACAUCCUGCAGGGGGAGGUGGCCCGCCUGGACGUCAAGUUCCUGGUGCACCUGGACCCGGCCCACUGCAGCAACAAUGGCGCCGUGCACCUGGUGUGCAAGUUGGAGGACAAAAACCUCCCCAGUGUUCCUCCACUGCAGCUCAGCGUUCCUGCCGACUAUCCAGACCAAAGUCCCUACUGGGCCGACCACGCCGAUCAGUACGGCGCCAACCACUUCCUGCAGGCGGUGCACAGGACCCUGGCGUCCAAGCUGCUGCAGCUUCCCGACAAACACUCGCUGACGGAGGUUCUGCACACGUGGGCGCAGAGCGUCCGCCAGGCCUGCUUGUCCGCCGCGUGAAGUCGCCAGCACAACCAGAUGACAACUCGUUCUCUUGUAAAGAUCAAUAAAACCCCUUUUCAUAUGCCACAAGACCACCUCUCGCUUGUACACGCACAAUGACAUUUUAUUCAAGAGACUAAAACAAUGAUAACUUGACGUUUGUGUGCUUCAAAAGCGGAGUGAGAAGGCUCUGUAGGACACGUUGGUGAACACGUCCACGUACUGGCUGCUUCCUGCCACCGUCAACACCUGAAACACAUCGUCGUCAUGACCUAAAGGGAUUUCUUUUCAGACUGAUGCCAAUUCCCAUAUUCGGCAGAGUACGAUUCGGACAACCGAUGAAUUGGCCCAUUCCUUUAAAAAAAAGCAAUGAAGACAACCUUUUUUGGCCCUUUAACACAAAAAAAGAUGAGGAAUUAUAGGCAGAACAUUUGACUGAUUUAUAAUACUGUCCUUUUGCAUUUGUUGAACUGUACAACAAAGAAGAAUAAGCCGUUUUGUUUUUGUUUCGCCGCGCCCUCGCCUACCCGCCCCGGUGCAAGCGGCAACCUCGGUAACGAUCCUUGCGCAGGUUCACCUACGGAAACCUUGUUACGGCUUUUGCUUCCUCUAGAUAGUCAAGUUUGACUUUUCAAAAGGGUUAAUAUCUGUCCAUUAAAAUAUCUGGUCUGGUCCUAAUCGUGACUGUCACGCAACACGUUUUAACACGCAAAGAAGACGGCGGCUCAACACAUCAUACACACGACUGCCACAAAACAAAGAGGCGGGAAGUAAAAAAGUACUUAAGAGUAUUUAUUUUUGUGGUAACUUUUUAUUUUUACUUCUUUUGAAACAUCUGUACUAUGUACUCCUUACAUUUAUAAAAAAAAAAAAAACACGAGCUUGUUACUUUUAAAACCUAAAGUUCGUGACGACGCAAUGUAUAAAGCAUAACCUCGGAAACUGGAAGUCGGCGAAUCGAGCGCAUUGAUCUUAGACAUCGUAGAUACUUUGAGCACGUGCCUCCGGUGACGCUAAGCUAAAAAUAAAAAAUCUGCACAUUGCAUGUUUUUCACGAAAAUAAGGAUGCCCGCAUAUUGUGCUGCCUACAGUUGCGCACACGUCGUACGACCACGGCAACGGAACUCCGAACAACCUUUUAUACGCAAGAAUAUUUUUUGGCUCUUUGUUUCAAAAGUGCUGCAAUGCUUAGGGUGAACCACGUUCAUUUUUUAGAAAGCUCGCUUGUUGAAGUCUAGCUUGCUGGCAGUAAAUUAUCUAAUGUUUGAGCCUUAACACAUUUAUUUGCCCACUGCAAAAACAAAACUGGAAAAAUAAAUACAUCAAAUAAAAAUAGCCACAAUCUGCACAUUUUUUUGCAGUCACUUUUAAAUGGCCUGUUUUUGAAUAAAGGGAUGGCAAUUAGUUUU